AUGCUUGAAGAUUGUCUUGAGGAUAUGCAUUCAAAGCUCGUCGAAACUGGCGAUAUGGACUCUCCUCUUGGUAAAGCCUUCGCGUGCAUAUUCGACAAUCCGCCAAGCUUCUGGGAGAGGGAGGAGAAAAGCCCGGCAUCUCCCAAUACGGAUCCAGUGUCGAGAUUCUUUGCCGUUGUUUGUAAGAAGCUGAGUCUGUUUUUAUCCUUACUUACUACCAAGACUGUUGAAGCUAUGGCAGCGCUGAAUCUGGCUCGGGUUUGCUGUGAAUGGGUGCUAUUGGAGACUUUGUGCCACACACGUUUUGGGAUUGUCAUUCGCCGAACUUGGUUGGCUGCCCUAGCCCAGGAACUCUACAUCGUGUCGCGAGAGGGGGUCGAGAACUUCCAACCGCUCCCAAUAAAUGGCGCCAAACCCUGGAAGUGUCUCGAGAAGGUCAAUAUGGCCCCCCUUGGUUCGUGGACUCUACGUCGGGGAGACAUUGUCAACGUAGACACUGGAUAUAGUGCCGCCCCUGCUAAGGUUUCUGACGUUCGAUUGCUUGAUGAUGGCCGGUUUGUUGUGGUCUACUGUUGGCUAUAUACGAGGAAGGAAAUACUCGAUGAGCUCUAG